UCGCUGCGGUUUGGACGGUUGUGUGCAUACGAGCGGAGGGAUACCAGUUUUACGUUGCAGUGAUGUGGACCAGUGUUCAGUUUCGCGGAGCAAAAGAGUGACUAUUUGCGGGUGGAGAUUGCAAGAAAUUUAAAUCCCCCGGGUUGUGCUCGACACGUUUAAGAAGAUACUCCAGUCAUUUUUGUUUGUUUCUUUCUUUUGUUCCUUAACACAGUUUCACGUAGUAAAUGUACAAUCGAUAGAAAAUCUGUGCUGAAGUUUUCGAGGGUUUUUUCACUCUGUGAAAGGCCAUGGCGGUGGAAGCGCGGCCGGAGCUGGUUGGGAAGCGGUUCCUGUGUGUCAGCGGUGAGGAGCCGCUUGAGCUCGGGGAGAUCGGACGCUGGGGAUGGCGAGCCGGGGUCAUCCGUGCAGUAUCUCACCGCGACACCGACAAUGCUGAGUUGACGGUCUACGUGGAGUUUGACGACCAGGAGUGGGAGAAGCGCGAGUGGGUGAAGGUGUACGAGGACUUCCGGAUCUUUCUGGUGGAGCACCAGCUGGUGUGGGCAAAGCGGCGCGAGGGAUCUCAGCUGCAGGUGGCCAAAGCCAAGCACGUCCAGUGGCCCGCGCUGACGUUCAAGCCCCUUGAGGGGAAGGUGGUGCUGGGCUCCAUCACAGCUGUGGAGUUCUUCUCCGACCGCCGACUCGACUUCCUGAGCGACGACGGAGCCUACCAGCCCUAUCAGGAUGAAGCGGACAGCUUGAGUCCUGUUCUCAGGGACAACCCGCAGCUUCAUGAAGAAGUGAAAGCCUGGGUCAAAGACCUAAAGGUUCAGGAAAUUUUUAUGCAAGGUCCCUACUCGUUAAAUGGCUACCGAGUGCGCGUUUACAGACAGGACUCGGCCACUCAGUGGUUUACAGGCAUCAUCACCCACCACGAUCUCUUUAGUCGCACUAUGGUGGUGAUGAACGAUCAGGUACUAGAGCCUCAGAAUGUGGACCCCUCUAUGGUACAGAUGACUUUUCUUGAUGACGUCGUCCACUCUUUGCUGAAAGGAGAGAACAUAGGCAUCACGUGCAGGCGCAGGUCUCGCUCUAGCCAGAACAACAGUACAGCCCACACGUCAGGAGGGAGACCCACCACCAGCGCAGGAGGCACUCAGGGUCACUACACCCGCGCCCAGGCCAACAGCCCUAGACCCGUCAUGAACUCGUCUAGCUCCACCCCCAAGCAGGUUGGCCAAUCCCAGCAGCAGCAGCAGCAGCUAUCCCAACAGACCCAGCAACAGCCAUCCCUUCAGCACCAGCAGCAGCAGCAACAGCCGCAGUCGUCGCCGGGGCAACAGCGAGGCUCGCGCUCCUCGCGCCGCAAGGGCUCGGACAGCAGCGUCCCCGACGACGACAGCAACAAGGUCAAAGAGGAGAAGCCCGACGUCGUCGCGACACGAGGAGACUUCACCUCCAAGAGCAAAAGCAAGCAGACGGCGAGCCGGAGGCGGAAGGUGGAGGAGGACGAGAAGAAGAACAGUGCACUGAAACGUCUGAAAACUGAGGCCUCAGACCAGUCGGAGAGCAGCGACUCCGAGAACUCGCAGAGGAGAGGACGCGCCUCGGCUGACUCUUCCUCCUCCUCUUCCGCCUCAUCUUCUUCCUCGGAGCCCAGCUCGGAGAACGAGCUGAGGGCGAAGAUCGUGAAGGAGGAGGCGGUGUCUCCAGGGGAACAGCAAUCCUCCAGGACUCAGGAGGAGGAGAGGGAGCAGCGGGAGAGGGAGCGAGAGCAGGCUCUGAUUGGUCGGCUGUCGCCGUGGGAGGAUCUCCGUCUGGAGGAGAAGAGCAGCAAAGCGGCGGCGGUUGCCGUAGAGACACUGCAGCUGGCCGAGGUCGAGAGGGAGCGGCGGGACGAGAGGAGGUCUCCACGGUCGCCACGGCUGCCGCAUCCCAGCGCCCCAACCCCUGUCUCCACGGAAACGCAAGGCAGCGGCGGUGGGUGCAUUGUGGAUAUGAGGAGCACAGUGAGGAGCCCAUCCAAGGACCACUACAGCCUGACAGGGCUGCCUCCGCAGCGCACGCAGACGCCCAAGCAGACACUGUCAUGCGUCAUCGACAUCACGGAGGACGGUGGUGGAACGCAACCCAGCUCGCGGGAGAGCUUGGAGGCCGUGUCUGCCCUGCUUGCGUCCCAGAAGGCCGAGCGGCACACACCUGAGCCCAGACACAUGGUGCUAACCCCCACCCCAUCAGACCUCAGGAAAGGGGAGAGCGAACAACAGCAGCAGCAGCAGCAGCAACAGCAGCAGCAACAGCAGCAACAUCAUCAUCUCCACCACCACCACCUCCACCAGCCACAGGUGGUGCGUAGUCAAGGUGCUAAGCUCGAGUUCAGCCACCUGGAGGUGAUCCGACCUUUGACCUCCGUGAGCGAGUCGGCGGCAGCGCUGGCAGAGCGGGAGAAGGUUUCGGCACAGCAGUACGCCGCCAUCGUGCCGUCCUGCAUCAAGAGUGCCGCCGUUGCCGAGGAGACACGCCGGCCGCAGAGGCCGAGCCCGUCGCCGGACGCCACCAAGGCGCGGCCGCACCCCAACCCCUCGCCCGAGCUCCACAAACCUCUCCGCCCGCACCCCAACGUCUCCCCGGAUGUCCCCAAAUCCAAGCCCUACGGCAUCAUGGAGGCGUCCAAACCGCGCCCCAACACGUGUCCAGAGGUGUCCAAGCACAAAGCGAGACACCCGGACGCCCCGACCCCCAACAACACCCCGCCCUCGUCGGGCCGCAUCUGCAAGAGCGAGCCCCCCGCUUCACCCUCCCCGUCCCCGCGCUCCUGCUUCAAGCCGGUCCCGACCCGCUGUGAACCCACCAAGAGCCCCCUCAUCUUCGAUAAGAAUGAGCACUUCACCGUCUACCGCGACCCGGCACUGAUUCGGCCCGAAGCCGAGCCCGCGUCUGCAGCCGCCAAUCACGUGGCUUACUUACACCCCCACCUGCACGCCCUCCACGGCUCCUCCCACGCCACCUGCCUCACGCCCAGCUCGCACCACCCCUCCCACCUCCUCGCGCCCUCCUCCAUCAACCCGCACGCGGCCCCUCCUCCUCAGCACCACUCUGUGCACCACUCGCACAUGCUUUCCGGCGUGCUCCCCGGCAUGUCCCCGCAUCCGCAGUCCUCGAUCCUGGGGGGCCAUGCGCGGGUGGACUCGGGGGGGCUGGGGCACCUGGCGUUGGCGGCAGCGGCCCACCACCACCCGCACCAACACCCGCACCAACAUCAACACCAACAUCAACACCAACACCAGCACCAGCACCAGCAGCAGCAGCAGCAGCAGUUCCUGCAGCAGCAGGCGUCCGCGCUCAUGCCACAGCACCAGGGACCCGGCGGGCCGUCCUACAACCAGCUGGGCCUGUACCCCAUCAUCUGGCAGUACCCCAACGGCAACCACCACACCUACCCGCCGGGCCUCGGCCUGGCAUCCUCCAAUUGGGUGCACGCGGGCGAGAACCAGGUCAACUCGGAGAACAGUCUUAGGAGGAACACGCCCAGCCCCUGGCUCCACCAGCACACCCCGGUGUCCUCGGCCGACGGCCUGGGUCUCCUGAGUCACGUCCCGGGCAGGCCAGCCAGCGCCGACCCCCACCGCCCCAUCAAGAUGAGCUCCCACGCCAGCCCCCCACUCUCCAAAAGCGUCGGAGACUACCACAAAGAGGAACUGGAGAAGAAGGUCUUUGGCGACUCCAUGCGUAGCCUAGCAACGGCCCACCUGAAACAAGAGCCGGACCGCAGCCGCACACCGACGGGGAAGGAGCUCCACCGUGGCUACCUGGACCCGCCGCAGAAAACGUCCCGUAUGGUUCCAACGCCGGACGCCUCAGAACGCGCCAGCAAGUACAAGGAGGAGAACCGGCGCAUCCUGCAGGAGAGCAUCGAGGUGGCGCCCUUCACCGCCAAGCUUCGGCCAGGCGAGUCCGAGCGCGAGUCGUACCCCCGCGUGCCCCAACCUCUCCCCACCUCGGCUGUGGCCCCCCCAGCCUCUAAAUCCCACGCCCCGUCGGCCCCCGAGAGGGACCCCGAGCAGCGCCCGGCCUCGGCCUCGGAACUCUAUAAAUUCAAGCCGGCCGCGCAGCAGCAGAGCAACUACUUCACCACCUUGUCCAACAGUGUGGUGAACGAGCCGCCUCGCCUCUACCCCUCCAAAGAGCUGAACUCAUACUUUGACAAGGUGGCAGGCCCCCCCUCGGCCUCCUCCAGCCCCCUGUCCCUCGUGUAUGGGGCCUCCAAGUCCCUCUCGAAGCCCCCACCUCUUAUUAAGCACCAGCCAGAAGGGGAGGGCCUGGUGAGCAAGAUUACGGAGCAGCUAUCCCAGCAGGCUGCGGCGCUGCACCCCCUAAGCAGCCCGCAGGGCGGGGAGCCUCGUCGGAGCCCCGCUCUUUCAUCCCCUGGUCAGCUGCGCAUGCCUGCGUUGCACCGAGCGCCAGUUUUUCACCCGCCGACCCAGCAGACUCUCGACCGCAAGGACGCGGCCAACUACGGGCGCCUCUCCCCUCCCACGCUCACCCCCAUCCAGCCGGUCAGCGUGGCCGGGAAACUUCCGGAACAGCAGAAGCCACCCACACUGCUGCCCGAGCUAAGGGAGGUGAAGAGCGGGGUGGAGCUGGGUGGGGCGGAGCCAUGGCGUGUUGGCGACGCCCCUGGAUACGAUAGAGGGGUGUGGCUUGGCGAAAAGAGCCGGACCAAGCCUCAGGGCGCCACCGCGUCCGUUAUCGUGCGGCAGUCUACCUGCAUCAAGGCCUCGGGCAGGGAGCCUGAGGUCGGGAAGCCAUUCUUGGGCAAUUCUCAGGCAGACGGUGUAAAACUGGCUGAGACCAGGGACACUGGCAGAGUCAUUCUGCCCAACACCAACCUGGAGGAAGCCUGUGCGCAGUACAAGAAGAGCAUGAUCCGAGCUUCGCAGGCUGGCGUUCCCAGCCCCAUUGUGUCGUUGGCCAACUCUGUGUGCAAUUCCCGAACUGAUGUGACCACUUCUGCCCCCUCCGCCCCCUUCAACGUCUUGAACCGCAGUGGCUCGGAGCUCUGUUUCCCCAUUAGCAUGAAUGCUAACGCGCAUGCUAAUGCUCAUGCUCAUGCUAAUGUUAACACCAGCAGCAGGACUGAUAGCUCCACGCCCAAACCGAGGCUUCUUGCUGGGGCUGAGGUGCAGGAGGGUGGGGGCUCCAGGACCACCUCCCCCAACACGCUCCCCUCCUCUGGCACAGCCUCCCCAGCGCAGGUGUCCCCCGGGCAAGCGUACCCCGGGAACUUCAUCCACCUAAAGAAGCACAAGGCAGCGCUGGCCGCAGCACAGUCGAGGGGUUCGGGAACCCCCGAAAGCGACCGACCCCAGCAGGGCCCGCCUGCCCCAACGCAGGACGCCGGUGCAGCGGCGGCACCGCCACCCAUCACCAACGCAGCGGGCAAAGCUGCCCCCAUGCCCAACGGGCAGUCAGUGCCGCCUCUCAGCCAGCCCAACUAUCACAAACUGAAGAAGGCGUGGCUCACGCGGCACUCGGAGGAGGACAGAAACACCAACCGGCCCGACAAACCUUGCAGCGCCUCGCCGGUCACCCCGCCCCUGGAGAUCAUCAAGCCCUGCACCGUCAGCCUGAUCGCAUCCACCUCCGGCGAGACCGACUCUGGUAAAGUGGGGGAAACUAACUCCGAGGACGGCAACAACAAGUCGAGCCCGGAGGACCGGCGAACGCGCCGCGGCUCCAAGCGGGCCUACGAGUCGGGCUCGGAGAGCGGCGAGGACACGGACGGCAGCGAGAACAGCAAGAUGGACCAGCGUGCCAAGCGCCAGCCCAAGCCCACCUACAAGAAGAAGCAGAACGACAUGCAACGACGGAAGGAGGACGACGAGAACAAGCCCAACGUUAUAUUCCGCAGCGCCCGGGAAAAGACUAAACUUAAGCUGGCCAGCAGCAACGGUAUUCCGCGGUCGGUGCUGAAAGACUGGCGCAAGGUGAAGAAGCUGAAGCAGACAGGAGAGUCGUUCCUGCAGGACGACUCGUGCUCGGAGAUCGGCCCCAACCUGCAGAAGUGCCGCGAAUGCCGAGUGGUGCGCAGCAAGAAGGGCGAUGAGCCCGCCCACUCGCCCGUCUUCUGCCGCUUCUACUACUUCCGCCGGCUCUCGUACAGUAAGAACGGAGUGAUCCGCAUUGACGGGUUCUCGUCCCCGGACCAAUACGACGACGAGGCGGUGAGCCUGUGGGCUCCGGACAUGUACGAGGAGAACGAGCUGGACCUGGAAACCUCCAAGUAUAUCCUCAGCUUCAUCGGAGACAAGUUCUGCCAGCUUGUUGUGACCGAGAACAUGGCCGCCACCUGGAUCAAAAAAGAUGCUAAGAUAGCGUGGAAGCGUGCGGUGCGUGGCGUGCGGGAGAUGUGCGACGCCUGCGAGGCCACGCUCUUCAACAUCCACUGGGUGUGCAAUAAGUGCGGCUUCGUCGUCUGCCUGGACUGCUACAAGGCCAAGGAGAGGAAGAGCUCCAAAGACAAAGAGCUGUAUGCCUGGCUGAAGUGUGUGAAGGGGCAACCUCACGACCACAAGCACCUGAUGCCCACGCAGAUUAUCCCCGGGACGGUGCUGACAGACCUGGUGAAUGCCAUGCACACCCUGAGGGAGAAGUGUGGCAUCCGUGCCCACUGUGUUUGUGCCGCUAGCAAGCAGACAGCCCUGCUGGGCAAACUGCCCUCCACCAACGGAGUUUCCCAGGUGCUACAGAAUGUGCUGAACCAUAGCAACAAGAUCGCGCUGUGUAAGCCAGAGUGCCCGCCCUCAAACGCCACGCCCAAGCUGGAGACCAAUGGCGGCGGAGCAGUGAGCCCGGCCAGUGACACCAGCAGCGAUCCCAAGCUCACCCCGCCCGAGUCCCAGUCCCCACUGCACUUCCUGGCCGACCUGGCAGAGCAGAAGUCCCGCGAGGAGAAGAAAGAGAAUAAGGCGACGCUGGGGAAGAGUGUGAAGGAGGAGGUGGGGGAGGCCGUGGAGGCGCUGCACUGUAAAGCCACGUCUCUGGUGUCGACCGGCAGCGAGCAGGGCUCCACCCUCAGGGACCUGCUCACCACCACCGCCGGCAAGCUCCGCCUGGGCUCCACCGACGCCGGCAUCGCCUUCGCACCCGUCUACUCCGCAGCCUCGCAGACCGGCAAGAGCGGCCGCAGCAUGCCCAACAUCCUGGAUGACAUCAUCGCCUCGGUGGUGGAAAACAAGAUCCCGGCGAGCCGCGGGGCCAAGUUGGCCCUGAAGCAGGAGCCCAUUGCCGAGGAACCCCGAGGCCCCGAGCGCAAGAAGCCUCCAGCGAUCCCGGACGAGCCCCCGGCGCCCAAGCUCCACGCGGACACCCCUCACUGCUGGCUCUACGGCCAGAAGAUGCUCUGGCUCAAAGACCACCGCAACUCUGGCAACUGGAAGCUGUUCCGUGAGUGCUGGAAGCAAGGCCAGCCUGUGCUGGUGUCUGGAGUGCAUAAGAAGCUGAACGCCAGCCUGUGGAAGGCCGAAUCCUUCAACCAGGAGUUUGCUGACCACCAAGGGGACCUCCUCAACUGCAAGGACAGCGUGGUCGUCUCCAACUCAGGCAUCAAGGAGUUCUGGGAUGGCUUCGAGGAUCUAACGAAACGGCCCAAAUCGAAGGACGGGGAGCCCAUGGUGUACCGGCUCAAGGACUGGCCUUCAGGAGAGGAGUUCAUGGCCCUCAUGCCAUCAAGGUAUGAUGACCUGAUGAAGAACUUACCCCUGCCUGAGUACUCAGACCCUGAAGGGAACCUCAACCUGGCCUCCCAUCUGCCCUCCUUUUUUGUGCGGCCGGACCUGGGGCCCCGACUGUGCUGUGCAUACGGAGUGGCCGCUUCCCAGGAGCAGGACUUCGGCACGGCCAACCUGCACAUGGAGGUGUCCGACAUCGUCAGCGUGCUGGUCUACGUGGGCGUGGCCAAAGGCAACGGCGUCCUCUCCAAAACAGGUGUUUUGAAGCGGCUGGAGGAGGAGGAUCUAGACGACCAGGUGAAGAGGCGUCUUAAGGACUCGAGCGAGACGCCCGGGGCGCUAUGGCACAUCUACGUCAGCAAGGAUGUGGACAAGAUCAAAGAGUUCCUGCACAAGGUGGCUAAGGAGCAGGGUGUGGAAAUGCCGGCGGAGCACGACCCUCUCCGUGAGCAAGGCUGGUACCUGACACGGAAGCUGCGCCAGCGGCUGCUGCAGGAGCACGGCGUGCAGGGCUGGACCGUGGUGCAGUUCCUGGGAGACUCCGUCCUCAUCCCCGCCGGAGCACUGCACCAGGUGCAGAACCUGCACAGCUGUGUCCAGGUGAUCAACGACUUUGUGUCCCCGGAGCACGUGGUGCACUCCUUCCGCCUCACCCAGGAGCUGCGCUCCUCCAGAGAGGAAAUCAACUAUGAAGAUAAGCUACAGGUCAAGAACAUCUUCUACCACUGUGUGAAGAACGCCGUGGGAACACUGAAACGGUGCUGCGCCGAAGAGCUGGAGGAAGAAGAGGAGAACUCGUGACCCUUACCCCCCACCCGCCCACCCUACAACACUUAAUUGCCCCCACUCCAGCACCCCCCCCCCCCCACCUGCUGACUGCCCUCCACCCCAAAAACAAAUAUGCACACUAACUUAAACCCUCGCAUCAUGACGAAAAACCUCCAGUGCCAAGCCAAGACUCUAAGCGAAAAAGAAAAAAAAACACAAAUGUGGAAAACAAUUCUGAAAAGAUGACGAUGGUAUUCACGUGUUACUGACACCAUAACAGUAUAACAAGCUGAUGCUUCAGGAUUACUGUGAUCUCGAGGAGGAGGAGGAGGAAGAGGAGAAAAGCGAUGAAAAGAUGGAGAGGAGGAAUACCCCGAUCAUCCGCUAAAGCAACAGCACUGCUGUUCUGUUUCUGUUUUUUUUUUUCUUCUCUAAUUCUCAAGUGUUUGUUUUCGUCUUGUUUGUUUAUACGUAUGUUUGUGCGUUGUUGUUUUUUUUUUCUCUCUCUCUCUUCUUCUCUGUUUUUCUCUGUAUAUUGUUUCAGUGGGGGAAAAAAAACAAAAAAUAAAGUGAUGUAUUUAUUUUUUAGGAGAUCUUUGUAACAUUUUACAUCUUCAUGUAAAUGUGACCUGUACAGUUUAUUUACUUUUCUUUCUCUUUUUUUUUUGCGCUGAGUGGAGAGAGAGAGAGAGAGAGAGAGAGAGAGUGUGUGUGUGUGUGUGUGUGUGUGUGAGAGAGAGAGAGAGAGAGAGAGAAAAUUAUUGUGCGUGCGUGUGUGUGGUUGUGAGUUCACUGCAUUGAGACAGUUACUGUGAGAGAGAGGACACACAUGUCAGCUGCUGCCUGGACUCUUUGGGAAAUCCUUGCUGAUUUUUUGCAGUCCUCUUGCCAUAUCUUUUUGGAAGAAAAAGAAAAAGAAAAUUAACUGCCAAACUAUUGUAAACAGUGUAAAGUUGUAUAAUGUAAAGAAAAGAAAAACUAAAUGAAAUAACACACUUCAGCAUUUUAUUAAGAAGUAUUCACUGUAAAAUGGAGACAUUUACAAAAAAGGUUGUAAUUUAUUUAAGAAAAUUGUCUCUUUUUUUUCUUUUGUUAAGAUUUACUAUGGUGACCUUUUGAAGUUAAAUGAAAAAAAAUGAAAACUUACUAUGCUGUGUAAAUAUAUACAUAUAUACAUUCACUGAUGUAUUUUUCUAAAACAUGGCUUGCUUCAAUUUCAAAUUUUAAAAAAGUGCAAGUGUUACAUGCUUUGUACAUUGAAGUUCAAAGGGGUUUUACAUUUUCCAUUAAAAUGGAUUUAUCAAAAA